UUGCUCUGGCUACCUCGUGCUCUCUCUCUCUCUCUCUCUCUCUCUCUCGCUCGCUCGCUCGCUUCCCUGGCCUGACCUAAUUGAAUUUGCGGCGCACAGGUGUCAGAGGUGAUUAAAGGGCCACAGCCAAACUCGACCUUGCACCACCCAAACCAGCCGCAAAAUCACUAAAACGGCUACAGCGGUGCAACGCAUACUGCAACUGUUGAUGCAACAGCAGCUCAAGCUGCUGCGAAAGUUCCACCAGCUGAUUGCAUUGGCACAAACGUUAAGUAUACGCGCCGUGGCAACGACAAAUUAAUUCAAAGUUAAAGCUAAAGUCGCAAGUGGAAAGUGGAAAGUGAAAGCUGCUGCCAAGGCGCCAAAGUGUCGAGUGCAAAGUGUUUAGAAACCAGCAUAAACCUGGGUAACUUGUGGCUUAUUAUUAGAGAUUACCUCUUCACCAAAAUGGGUCCAUCGAAUAUGACGGCAGCCGUGCACGGCACCGAGCUGCCACCGAAGACCACGGAGCGCAGCGAUGCCCCCAUCGAGCUGACCGGAUAUCGAAAAUGGCUCUGCGAUAAUCUCAUGCUCCUUGUCACGCUCUCCGGCGUCAUGCUGGGCGUCAUUCUCGGCCUCUCGUUGCGUCCGCUGCAUCUGCACGAGGACUCGAUCAUGCUGAUCUCGUAUCCGGGCGAGCUGUUCAUGCGCGUGCUGAAGCUAAUGAUUCUGCCGUUGGUCAUCUCUAGCCUGAUCGCCGGCUCGGCCAGUUUGAAUGCCAAGAUGAAUGGCAAAAUUGCUCUGCGCACGCUCUUCUACUUCGCCAGCACCUCGUUGUUCAACGCGGCGCUGGGCAUUGCUCUGGUGCUGCUCAUCCAUCCGGGUAAUCCGGACUUGCACAAUGCGGAUGAUCGUGCGUCGGACAGGCGUGCGGUCAAAUUGUUGGACAGCCUCUUGGAUUUGGGCAGAAACGUCUUUCCGGACAACCUAUUCCAGGCAUCGAUACAGCAGGCACACACCGUCUACCUGCCCAAGCCGAGCAUGGUCCACAGCCCGAAUGACACGGUGACAAACGAUACGGCUGCGGCGCUGGUGCACGGCGUGGAGGCGCAACGACAGCUGCCGGAACUGGAGGAGGUGGAGGUGCUGGUGCGGGAUGUGCAAUAUCGCAGCGGCACAAAUACUUUGGGCAUUGUAUUCUUUUGCCUUGUGUUUGGCACCGUGCUGGGGACCAUCGGGCAGAAGGGUCAGGUGGUUGUGGACUUCUUUGCGGCCGUCUUCGAGGUGAUCAUGAAAAUGGUGACGUGCGUCAUGUGGCUGACACCGGUGGGCAUCAGUUCGGUCAUCGCUGGCAAAAUACUGAGUGUCGAUAAUCUGAGUCUGGUGAUGGCGCAGCUCGUUUGGUUCAUCAUAACGGUGGCCAUCGGUGUGAUCAUCUACCAGUUCAUUGUGAUGCAGUUCAUCUACUUUGUGUUCGUGCGACGCAAUCCCUUCAAGUUCUACGCGGGCCUCAUUGAGGCCAUGCUAACCGCAUUUGCCACCGCAUCAACCGCCGCCGCCUUGCCGCUCACAUUCCGCUGCAUGAACGAGAAGCUGCGCAUCGAUCCGCGCAUCACACGCUUCGUCCUGCCCAUCGGCUGCAACAUCAACAUGGACGGCACCGCCCUCUUCAUAGCCGUCGCCUCCAUCUUCAUAGCCCAGAUGAGCGGCAUGGUUCUCGGCUUUGGCGAACUCCUCACCGUGCUGCUCACCUCCACGGCGGCCUCCAUGAGCUCCGCGAGCGUGCCGAGCGCGGCUCUGGUCCUGCUCCUAGUUGUCCUCACCGCCAUCGAUGCGCCCGUUCAGGAUGUGACGCUGCUCUUUGCCGUGGAUUGGUUUGUUGAUCGCAUUCGCACCACCAACAACAUGCUCGGGGAUUGCUAUGCCGCCGCCGUCGUCGAGGAGCUGUCCCGCAAGGAGCUGAUGGCCCUGGACGCUGCUGCUGUCAAUUAUCAGGAUCUGCCAGCUGGCACGCCCAAUGGACUGCAUGUCGGCCUGCUCGAGGGUCAAACGGAGCUGGAGUCGCCGGGCAAAUGCCAGCUGAACGAUGCCGUCGUCGUGGACAUGAACGCAGUGAUGAACAAUGUGAAUCUGCAGCAGGAGCAGAGCAAUCGACGGGUCUAAGCCGGAUAUGGAUGCAGCAUGCAGCACCAGCACGUAUAGUACCACCAAUAGACCACAGUGUUCCCCCAAUAACAACAACAGCAACACCUUUUGAAAGACUUUUUUUGAUUUUUGAUGAAGAAACUUUUCAAUAGAAAAACAAUUUUUAGCAAUAUGAAUCCAACUGUUUGAGAGACUGUCCAAAUAGAAUUUAAAUAUGAUUUGAGCCCACCCCGAAACAAAUAAGAAGAAGCAAACUAUAUCAUAUAUAUACACACACACAUAUAUACACCAUAUAUAUAUAUGCACUUGUAUACUUACACACUCAAAAAAAAAAAUGUGCUACUAAUUUUGAAAAUUUGCCAACAUGAAAACUUUUUUCCAAAUUUAAAAAAUUUUUUUAAAUAAUUAUUUUAAUUUUUAAAGUUUGUUGAAAAUUGGAAAAACCUUUUUAAUUUGUGGCAAAUAUUUCUUCAAUUUGGGUAACAAUUUUUUUCGUUGAGUGCACGUAUUCGAAUUUGAAUUUUGAGCGCAGUGUUUCCAUAAGAUCUGACCAAAAUAUCAGUAGAUAAAAAUAUAUACAAGCGACUCGGAUCGCAAAGAAAAUAUAUAAUAAUAGUUGGAAAAAAAAGUAGUGUCCACUUGCAUUGCAGAUUCGCAUAUAUAGACAUAUAUACCACACAUAUGAAUCAAUUAAUAGGCAUAUGAAAAACUAAAACAAAAAAAAAAAAAAAAUGGUAGACAACAAAUAUUAUUAUAUACAAAAAACCUACUUCAAGCAGACGAAAGAAGAAGAAAAAGGAAAAACAAACAUUUUUGUGAUGUGUUUUAAACUAUAUGCAUAAUCUUUAUGGGUAUUAUUUAAUAAGCGCCUCGGUCGGCUAGGCGACCUAUUUUUGUGAUUGUGUCAUUGACGUCGAGAACGGAAAGUGGAAAGUUUAUAAUAUAUAUUUAUGAUUUAUAACAAUUUCCUAAUAUACAUCUAUAUCUAUAUCUAUAUCUAUAUGUAUAUACCUAUGAUUUCAAAGUGCAAAUGCGCAGGUUGUAAACGAAGUUGGCCUAGUUUUAGUUUUAGUUAUUCGACUCCACCUCAGUUAAAGUCCUUCAACUUUUUUUUUGUUAACACUCACAUAUACAUAUAUAUCUAUAUGAUUAUAUAACCCUUAUGCAUACGUAGACUGAUAGUAGUAUUAGUGUGAUUAUAUUGAAACAUAUAAACUUACUUAUAAAGCAUACUAAACCAUAUCCAACAUUCGAUUUGUACGCAUACGCUGAAUACAAUAAAAAAUACAGAAAGUUAUAAUGUCAA